CGAAAAUCAAACCUAGCUUGCUGAUAAAAAAAUAAUUAACUGGUUUCCAAAAUGUGUUCCUUUAUACUCAUUGAAAACAAAUGGUAAAUCUGUCUGUUUUUCUUCGAUUUUGAGGUUGUUUUUUCAUUAUAAAACUGGUGAAUGUCUUGUGCCAAGUAGCAACUAGCUAGAACAUAUUCUUAUUUACUUAAAACUUUGUUUUUCCCUUUGACAGUCUAGCCGACUAGUGGUAAAAUUGCUGCAUUUUUUAAAACAUGGCAAGGUCAUAAUGUUGGACAAAAUUGCGAAUGUAAUCUGUUGAAACCUUUUGACUACAUCUUUUAACGGUUGUACUUCUUGCUUGUACUUUCUCGCAGGAAAAGGUAAUUGUUUGAUGGAUGCAUGUUUAUUAAAUAUGAUUGGGAUACAAGAUUCAUCGUUAAAACUUCGUCGUCAUUUAUUUAAUUAUAUUAAAGCAAAUGAAACAGCAAUACAUGAUAUGUGGAGGUACUCCAGAGUGGCUUUUGAUCAAGAAUUAGGAAUUGAUUUAGAAGACAGUAUACUUGAAGAAGAGUGGAAACAGAUUGUUGAAGAAACAGAAGUUGUUGAUGGUGGUAGAUGUAAAUUUUUACAAUCAUGUCAUAUUUUUGCAGCAGCAAACAUGUUAAAACGUCCAAUAAUAGUGCUAGGAGAAGAAUAUAUUAAUACUGCUAAUGAAAGUAAUAUACAAUUGAAUGAUAUAAUUGGUGUAUAUUUAACAUUAUUAUCAGCAUCCAUUAAUACAAGUCAUUAUCCAAUAUUAUUAGCAUAUGUUAGUAGUCAUUUUACACCAUUGGUUAUGCUUAAAAAACAAUCUUCUGCUUCAACCACAUCAGAUACUACAACAGCCUUACAAUCAUCAUUACCCUUGUCAUUUUUAUCAAAUUCUAUAUUGGUACGUGAUUUGCCAGUUCAUUACCUAAAUUAUAUUGAGCAACGAUCACUUUCCUGA